AUGAAGCUUAUUCCAAUCUUCGAUGUUGGCAUACAAGUGGAUGAUGAUGCCUUCAAAAGAGCGAUAGAAAAAGGUGCUCGAUUCAUUGAGUGGGAGAGAGCAGAUCAAGUCCCUCGUACUAAGACAGUUCAGGAAUUGUACCCGCUAGCGAAAGACACAAAAAUCAUGUUGAGCGUUGUUUGGCCUGAUAAGCACGUCGCAUUCCCUGACUUCUUCGAAAAAACAAACAAAACUAUCGAAUGGUGGAUUGACGAGUUUGUAGAAUUUCACGAAAAACUUGAGUAUGACGGUAUCUGGAUCGAUAUGAAUGAACCAGCAGCAUUCGGCACGAAUGAAGAUCGUCCAUGGUACUUUGAUAAUCCAGAUCACCCAAACAUAACCCAGCUCAAGUGUCCGGUAGACACAUCAAAGCAAGACUCGGAGUGGGAUAUGCCACCCUACAAAACACGCGCAGUUUGGCGAUAUGGCGAGGUCUGUGUGGUUUGGUUGCUUGCUUGUUGUUGCUCGCGUGCCAGCUCCGUGCCAAAAUUCGCAGACACGUCAAGUGUCAGUCGAUGUUCCAAUGUGGCGCUAGCACAGCGCUGGCACGGCGCUGUAACAGAUAAUGAAGGCAUCCGUAUGUGGUUCUCUUCCUUUUUUGAUUGCCACACCUCUCUCUUUACAUCUUUUUCGUAUCACUUUCAGAACUACUAUCUUUCAUCCAAAACAAUGUGCAUGUGUGGGAUACAACGUGGUGGAGAUUAUCGUCACUAUGAUGUGAAAAACCUAUAUGGGUGGAGUGAAGCAAAGGCGACACUGCAAGCUCAGUACAAGGCAACAAAGAAGAGAGGAGUUGUUGUGUCAAGGUAGAU